GCUCCGCCUGCCCCGCCCCUCCCCUCCGCCAAAGUGGGAGUGGCCUUCGGCAGCCCCGGCGCUACGUCACCUCCUAGCGCAGCCGCAGGAAGUUUGACUCCUUUCCCGUGCCGUAGCUGCCGUUCCGAGCGCCCCUCCCGUCUUUCCCCUUUUCCUCCCCGGGCGGGAACUCCGAAGUGUCGCUGGAACACGGAGACGGGCCCCUCAGCCCAGGGAUGCCUGAAAGUCAAGGGAAAGACAGCGAAAGCCACAUCAGCAGCACCAGUUCCAGCACCAGCGGUUCUGCUGCUUGCUUCGGACAGUAUCAAUACACAGCAAGUGAAUACCAAGCUAUCCAGCAUGCUCUUCGUCAGAGACUGGGUCCAGAAUAUAUCAGCAGUCGGCAAGCUGGAGGAGGACAAAAGGUUUGUUACAUUGAGGGUCACAAAGUGAUCAGUCUGGCCAAUGAGAUGUUUGGCUUCAAUGGCUGGGCUCAUUCAGUCACUCAGCAGAAUGUUGACUUUGUUGACCUCAACAACGGCAGGUUCUACGUGGGAGUCUGUGCAUUUGUGAAAGUUCAGCUUAAGGAUGGCUCAUACCAUGAAGACGUGGGGUAUGGAGUCAGUGAAGGCCUAAAGUCUAAGGCCUUGUCCCUAGAAAAGGCACGAAAGGAAGCAGUGACAGAUGGACUGAAGAGGGCACUCAAGUGCUUUGGGAACGCUCUUGGGAACUGCAUCUUGGACAAAGACUACCUACGAGCUGUGAAUAAGCUUCCGCGUCAGACACCCCCUGAGUUAGAUUUGGUCAAAGCUAAAAGAGAGGACUAUGAGCCUGAAAUCGAGAAAGCAAGAUACAAUAGCUGCUUGGAAAGGCAGAAUGCAGGAGGGAGACAACACUGUGAGACGGCACCUACUUGUGAGCCUGCUCAGACAGAGGCUGCUGUAGUGAUUAUGGAUCAGAAGCAGCCAAAUAGUUCCAGGGGCAGAAGUGCAGCCUCCUUAGCCAUUGAGCAUGAUGCCACUUACCAGCGGAAACUGCGACAGAAGCAGCUACAGCAACAGUUCCGGGAACAGAUGGAGAAAAAGCAUCAGGUUCCAGUAGUUACUCCUGACAGCAAACAGGCCACAUCCAAUCCUCCUGUAAAGCACAGCACUCCGACAGCAGAACAACAGCAGCUGGCAAUAGAAGAGGAGUUCUUUGCAGAUGACCCCGAACUUUGGGACAUUUCCUUGGAGACCGUUGAUCUUAAGAUAACGGGUCACAAAGUGGCAGACCCAGCAGCUGGACAGCGGACACCUGAAACACCCCACGGACGUCAUCAAAUGACGACUCGUAACAGGACACCUCACAGAAUGAAUUACCACAAAGCUUCUGCUCGACUUGCACAACCGCAGCCGUCUCCUGCAAUUGUGAGCAACAGCAGCUGUGCCAACCAGCAUGGCCCAGAGUGCAGCCCCUACAGGAGAAGUCAAAGCUUGAAGAAAAGGAGGCUGGAACCUACGUAGGACACCUGGUGGUGUCAUUACCUCCGGACUGGAUUACAUCAGCAGACUGGAGUUGGCUGUUCGAAUUAUGUGAGGACGUCUAACACAUUAAUGGGUUUUCCUGUAUGUUGUGGUGAAGCAACACAGAAGAGUGUAAUACAGCCAACAAGAGCUUCGUGUACUUCGAGGUUAUUACAUUUCAGAUGAAAGAGCAAUCGUUAGUGCUUCUGCAGCACUAGACUUGUGGCUGUAUUACAAGCUGAUGUUACACAAAUGUUGCCUGAAAUGGCAACAGGAUUAAUAUUUAAAAGGAGAUGCAAUUUGUAGCAUCUUUCUCCCUCAGUGUUGCAUUUCAGCACACAGAGAUUUUUCAGUAAAAUGAGGAGGGGGGUGGGUAAUGGUCAGAUGACAAAGCCAAGGAGCUGUGGUCUUGUUCAGCGUGGCUGAGGGUGCAGAACAGCAGCAGCCCCUGCUGUGCAGCUCACCUGUGCAAACGGGGUCAGAGCCCGUUGUUCCUCCUCAGCUUGUUCCACAGCUGCGGGGGAUUCCCUGCAGCAGCAGCAGCCACACGCUCCGUGGUGCCUGCGCCGCAGGGUCAGGAGUGCGCUGCAGCUGCUGCCAGGGAGCUGCACCUCGGGCAGGGUUUGCUCAGACCCUUUGUAAAAUGAGCGGGAGCCGCACGUUUGUUUUUAAACAAACUUUCAGGAUAAAAAUAAACAUGAAAGUUUGAAAAGCUA